CAACAUCAAAACAAAACAGGAUCGGUGCUGCUGUCAACCGAGGAAAAGGUCUGGCGGUGAGAGCCGUUGGCGUGACAUGCUCGGGGCUUUGCGGGAUCAUGCUAACCUGUCGCCUGCCUUGGUGGAGAUCCAGUGCUACCUGCAAGCCGUGGCAGUCGGGUCGCUUUCUGCUUGGCGUCUGGGAGAGGUGCCAACCGCUGAGUCGUAAAGGAGUUGACAGGACCGCGGGCCAGGGGCAACAGGUCGUCAUGCAGCAGGAACAAGUAUUAGAGGAUCUGGAAAUACCCCUUGCAAGGAGAGAAGCUGAGACCCUCUUCCAAGAGCAGCCCGAGACUGGGAACCCGUAUUUGGAAGAUGCUUUGCUUCGGAGUUACUUGAAAACACACCUUCCUCCCAAGGUACUGGAAGAGGUGAAUCAGGAUCUGGAGAGAUUUGGAAACCGUCUGCUAACCAACAUCAAACAUCUAGGAUGGGAAUGCGAGUUGAACCCCCCUGUGUUUCGGCAGUAUGAUGCCUGGGGGAGGCGGGUGGAUCACAUUGUCACCUGCUUGGCCUGGAGGAGGAUGAAAGAGAUUGCGGCAGAAGAGGGGCUGAUUGCUGAGGCCUAUGAGAGAAGAUACUCCAACUGGAGCCGUCUGCACCAAGCUGUCAAACUGUACUUAUUUUCAAGCUCCUCUGGAGGUUUCGGCUGUCCACUGGCCAUGACUGAUGGGGCAGCCAAAGUCAUUGAGUCACUAGGUAUUCCUGGAUCUCUGAAAAAUGCUUUUGACCAUCUGACAUCCCGUGACCCCAAGAAGUUCUGGACCUCUGGCCAGUGGAUGACUGAGCGCAGAGGAGGCUCUGAUGUUGCUAACGGCACCGAGACAGUGGCCAGAAAGCAGCCAGAUGGUACAUAUCGUCUCUAUGGUUUUAAAUGGUUUACAUCGGCUGCUGAUUCUGAUGUGGCAUUAACCCUGGCCAGGGUAGCGGACGCUGAAGGACAAGUAAAACAGUGGCCCCAGGCUUUCAGCAACCUGUCCCUGUUCUUCCUGAAGGUUCGAGAUGAGGAGGGGAAGCUGAACAGCAUCCAAGUGCAAAGGCUGAAAGAUAAAUUGGGCACACGGCAGAUGGCAACAGCAGAGCUAUGGCUACAUGGAGCUAAAGCAGAGCUAAUCUCUGCAGAGGGUCGUGGAGUGGCCUCCAUCUCCAACAUGCUGAACAUAACUCGGAUCCACAAUGUCAUUGCUGCAGUAGCUUCCAUGAGAAGGAUGAUCAGUCUGAGCAGAGAGUAUGCCCGUAGGCGGGUUGCCUUUGGGAAGCUCCUCAAGGACCAUCCCCUACACAUGCAGACGAUAGCCCGGAUGGAGGUGCAGACGCGAGGGGCGUUUCUUCUGCUUAUGGAGAUUGUUCGUCUGCUUGGACUCGUAGAAAACAACAUGGCGAAUGAGCAAGACCAGCUUCUCUUGAGACUGCUGACACCAGUCGCCAAACUGUACACUGGGAAGCAGGCUUCUGCUGUUGUUGUUGAGGCAAUGGAGAGUUUUGGAGGACAAGGUUACAUGGAGGAUACAGGCUUGCCAGUCAUAGUCCGCGAUACUCUGGUGCUGUCCAUAUGGGAGGGAACAACAAAUAUCCUGUCACUUGAUGUCCUGCGAUCCCUCACCAAGAGUCAAGGACAGGUGAUGGCUGUGUUCUUCUCCACAGUGCAGAAAAAACUGGAGCUGGCUUCGAGCACUGCGAAACUGGAACCUGCCGUGAAGCAAAUGCGGGAUGCCGUCAGCGGUCUUGCACAGUUCAUGCAAGCGGCUGGUUCAAGGGGAGCCACGACCAUGGAGCUAGCAGCAAGAGACUUCUCCUACACCCUAGCAAGGAUCUAUGCAGGAGCUCUUUUAAUUGAACAUGCAGCUCGGCCUGAUGCUUCCGCCACAGACAUCUGUGCUGCUCAAAGGUGGUGCAACCAGGAGCUGUGUCCUGUGGCCAGGGCGUUAGAGAACAGCAGCUACGAGGCUGAGGAAGUGCUCAUGGACAGCGCGCUGGUGUACGAGGGCAGCCCUGCCUGCGGCAGCAGGCUGUGACUCACCAGAGGCAACUGGGAAGCCCAACCCCCAGGGGAAAUUAAAGGUGGGUUGCAAUCCAAAAAAAAAAAAAAAAAAAAAAAAUCCAAAAAUCCUCAGACAGCCACGAAUUACAGGCACGGUGGGGACAGUCUACCAGGGGCCAGACCAAAUCCUUCUGCAGGAACGCCCAGCUGCACCACCUCCUCCAGUAUGAAAUCCACUGCUUUUGCGCUGAGUUAUUUGCUAACGCAGACGCAGCCAUUGAGAUUCAGUCCAAGAUGCUGAAUGUUCUUACUGUGUUUUAGGCAAAGACAAAGUGAUCAAAUCCAGAUAGUGACUUGAAGCAGCAGCUCUUCAAGUGCCAACUGGUGUUCUUUUUAAAGAAAAGCAGCCAAAAUCAAACUGAAAAUUAUUUGAAGCUGAUUAAACACAGAAAACGACCAUUUUUCCCCAUUCACCUUUUUGCUUUCCAAUGCUACACACGAUCUUCCACCCUGGUACCUGCCAGGAAUGGGGUUUUCUUCCAGGGCAGCCUCUUAGGCCCACCGUGGCUGUGAGGAUGGUGCGUCCCUUCAUACAAGCAACCUCCCCGGGAACUGCUGCGCUGGGCUCAGGACCCCCAGCUCAGCGGCUGAUCUUGGCAACUUGUUGGGUAAAACAAAGGCUUUGUAACUUAAACUUUCCAUUUUCCUAGCCAAGGCUACUGUUAAGCAAGGUGCUCACAGGACACUGCUUAGUCUAGCUCGUGCUUCUGAUUUUUCCUUUUACGUUCUACCUUGUCUCAAACAAGCUUUGCUUUUACUUUAACCUGGAGGAGAGGCUUUACCUUCACAUGUAUGGUUGGGCACCUUGUCCCCGCUAAAGCUGCGAACUCAGCUCCGCAGUCAGCCGACAUGGGCAAGAAAAACAUUCUCAGCCUACUGUGUUUCAAACACGGGAUACAGGCAAUUGUUAUUUGCGGCUCCAUAAAUGGUCAGCGUCAACAUCAACACUGCGGUGCAAAGUCCUUCUGUAACAGCUUAGGGGAGGAGGCAAUUUCAAUUACGUCACUCAAAUUACAUCAAAACUGUACCAGUUUGGCAACAAAAUUAAAGAAAAAAAUUAAUUUUCUUAAAUUUUUCUUAAGAAAGCUUUUUUUAUUCUCUAUGACCUCCAGAAAACUUAUUCAUUCCCUAUGCAUGUGUCCUAACGAUGCUGCAAUUCAUACCAACAUAAAUUCUGACGUAAGUUUUAGAUUGAAAUCCAGUAAUCCUCCACCAAAGCAAACACCUAAAUAUUGACUGCGUGCUUCUCUUCACCCUCAGCCCAUCAGUCUGCCUACUUAGUAUUACCCUGAUGACUAAAAGUUGCUAAUAAUAGAAGAAAAACAAUAGUAGAACAAAGACAGUUGGAAUAUAUAGCUGUGAAGUGCUACAGCAGCUAGGAUAGCGAGUGGGAAGAGAGGAAAGGAACCGUUUCCUGAGCACAAAGUCAUCCAACACUUCACUGAGGCCAAAGCCCGCCGAUGCAGGAGGACCCAAACAACCAAACGCUGCCUCCAGGGAGGAGCCGAGCCAUGCCAGCGCCUGUGGGACACGGUGAGGAAGGCUCUGUGGGCACGCUCUGUCCCAGCGCGGGGAUCACAGGGCUGAGCCAAGCAGAGCUGCCCUCAAAUCACACAAACACCGUUUAGCCAGACCCAGCACCCAGAGGCCUUCCACUGCAGUGUUUCUCUGCGUCCGUUAUAUGUGCAUUUAAGUGAAUAAAUAACAUUUGGCUUUGAAAAAUC